CGAUAACUCUCUCUGUCUGACUUUUACCUUCUUCUCUGUCUUCGGGUUGUGUGGAUGUGAAACCAGGACCGAUUGUGGCCAUGGAUGUGCUAAAAUGGUUACAGAACCACAAGAAGCAAACCAUAAAUAUUGUCUUGGCUGUGGUGAUUGUGGUCAUAAUCCUUGGUCUCGGACUGGGUCUUGGGCUGGAUUUGCAGAGAUGUAGGAGCAAAGUUCCACCCCAAACAUCCUGCAAAGAAAGAUGCUACCAACCUUUCGAUGAAGAAGUCCCCGGUUGCAGAUGUGAUACUAACUGUAACGCCACCAAUAACUGUUGCAAUGAUUACUAUGACAUCUGCAUGGCUCCAACCCAGCAGUGGGAAUGUUCAAGGAUACGCUGUGGUGAAAAGAGGCUGAGUGAGAGCAAAUGUCACUGUGAUGAUGACUGUCUGUCUUCAGGAGAUUGCUGUUCCAACUACAAACACAUCUGCCAUGGGGAGACCGAGUGGCUGGAGGAUCAAUGUGAGGACUUCUCAAUUCCCAAAUGUCCAUCAGGCUUUAAGCGACAGCCACUGCUGCUGGUAUCUCUGGAUGGACUAAGGGCUGAGUACCUGCAGUCAUGGAGUGAUCUUGUCCCUGUUCUGGACAAACUCAGAAGCUGUGGGACGUCAGCUCCAUUCAUGCAGUCCGCAUUUCCAAGCAAGACUUUUCCUAAUCACUACACGAUUGUUACGGGUCUUUAUCCAGAGUCCAAUGGUUUGAUUGACAACAACAUGUAUGACCCAGUAUUUGAUGCCUCCUUCAGCCUUUCAAAUUCUGAGAAAAGUAAUCCGUUAUGGUACCUUGGACAACCUAUUUGGCACACAGCUAUGCACCAUGGUCUGAAAUCUGGGACUUUUUUCUGGCCAGGAUCAGAUGUCAAAAUCAAUGGAAGUUUCCCUGACAUCUAUCAAAAUUACAGUAGUAAAGUGCCAUUUGAAGAAAGAGUAUUUACUGUUCUGAAGUGGCUGCAGCUGCCAGAGGAUAAAAGGCCUGAUUUCUUCACACUGUAUAUGGAGGAACCUGAUAAAUCUGGGCACAGCUUUGGUCCCGUCAGCGGAGGGAUAAUUACAGCCCUCCAAGGAGUGGAUAGAAUAUUGGGUCAACUCAUGAACGGCCUCAAGCAAAUUGACCUACAUCGCUGUCUCAAUAUUAUUGUUGUUGCUGAUCACGGUAUGGAAGAAACGAGCUGUGACAGGAAGGAGGUGAUGCAGGACCUGGUGGGGGAUAUCAGUAAUUAUUUUGUCAAUGAGGGGCCAGUUGGACGCAUCCGAGCCAAAAAUAAGGAUUUUGUGUUGGACUCUGCUGGACUUGUUGCUAAUAUGAGUUGCAAGAAACCCGACCAGAAGAUCACACCGUACCUGAAAUCCGACCUACCCAAGCGCCUCCAUUUUGCAAAUAGUCGACGCAUAGAAGACGUCGCUGUUCUGGUUGAACCAAAAUGGCUGUUUGAGAGAUAUCCAGGAUCACUCACAUUCUGCGCUGGAGGAAAUCAUGGCUAUGACAAUGACGUUGAGAGCAUGCAUGCAAUGUUUCUAAGUUAUGGGCCCAAGUUUCAGCAAAAAAAAGAAAUUGAACCCUUUGCUAACAUUGAGCUGUACAAUCUAAUGUGUGACGUGCUCGAGAUCUCUCCAGCUGACAACAAUGGGACCCAUGGCAGCAUGAAUCAUGUUCUCAGCGAAACGUUCUACACCCCCACACACCCACAGGAGCAGAGCAGACCGACCCAGUGCCCACUCAUCAGCCUAGUUCCUGGAGAUGAGCUGGGAUGCAAGUGUCUUGUAAUUGCUGGACAUGAAAUUAAUCACCGUUUGAACUUAACCACAGAGGAAAAGUCUGGUGCAGAAAAGAAGCAUGUGCCAUUUGGCCGUCCUCAAGUGCUGCAGCCUGAACACAAUUACUGCAUCCUUCACCAAGAAGGAUUCAUCAGCGGAUACAGCCAAAAUGUUAUCAUGCCUCUCUGGAGCUCCUUUACCAUUGACAAACCGACCAACUUGGACCCGUUGCCAGCAGUAACACCCAACUGUUUGAGGGCUGAUGUGAGAUUACCAAAACUACUGAGUCCCAGAUGUGAUCAAUAUGAAGCUGCGGAAAAGUUGACCUAUGCCUUCUUAUAUCCGCCAAAUUUAAAUCAAACAGCAGAUCAGCAGUAUGAUGGCUUGACAAUGAGUAAUGUUAUCCCAAUGUACCCUGCAUUUAAAAGGAUCUGGGAUUACCUCCACAACACUUUGCUAAAGAAAUAUGCAUCUAUAUACAAUGGCAUUAAUGUGGUGACUGGACCAGUCUUUGAUUACAACUAUGAUGGCAGAUAUGACACUUCAGAGCAGAUAGACCAAGUCGUGCCUGGAACCAACAUAUCCAUCCCCACGCAUUACUUUAUGGUGUUGACAAGCUGCAAGGACAUGCAAAAGCCAGUGAGCGCUUGUGACGGUGAACUGCAAACAGUUUCCUUCCUCCUUCCUCACAGAGCUGACCACACAGAGAGUUGUAAGAGUGCAGAAGAUGAAUCCCUUUGGGUGGAAGAUCACAUCUGGUUUCACCAGUCAAGAGUCAGAGAUGUUGAGUUGGUCACUGGACUGGACUUUUACUCUGGCAGUAGUCUACCAGUUCCAGAACUGCUGAAGAUGAAGACCCGCCCAACAGCUGCCAUUAAAAGAAAACAGUGACCAGUUAAAUCAGAAGUAAACACAAGCAUGUAGACCUUCUGUAGUCUCUAAUGUGGGUUAUGUCUUGUCUGCUGUACACUUAAAGCACUUAUCCAAGUAAUUCUAUUUAUUUACGUCUCAGUUUUAUCAUUUAUUCAGUAAUGCUUUAUUUUCAGUAUACUCUGUUUUUGUUAUCUCUUUUUGUCUUUAUGUCAAAGGAAUUGAUUAAAACAAUGCCUUGAAAAGAAAACAAUUAGCAUUAACAGAUUGAUAAGGAAUGAACAUAAAUCAUUAGUAUGGACUGACAAGCCCCAACCAGAACAUUUCUUACUCAACAUUCCUGUGAAACAGUCAUUAUGUUGCUGUCAACUUUGAUCUUCAACUUUGUCUUAUGCAUGGCUUUUUUUCAUCCUCCACCUGAAAUGUGAAUGAUGUUUACUUUGUUCUCAAAAUAUCUUGUACAGGAUUAAUAUGUUCCCAUAUUUUGAUGUAUUUGUGACAAUAUCUUAC